ACCCCUCUCUCCCUCCGCAGCCGUGGGGAAAUCGACCUUCCUGCGGCUGCUGGGUGCCACCUUCCCGCGGUGGCACCUGGUGGCGGAGCCGCUGGCACAGUGGCGGAAGGUGCCGGCCGCCGGCACCGCUCAGGCGGCCGCGGGCUCCGCCAACCUGCUGAGGAUGAUGUACCGGGAGCCAGCCCGCUGGUCCUACACCUUCCAGACCUUCUCCUGCAUCAGCCGCCUGAAGGCGAUGCUGGAGCCGCCGGAGGAGGGGCCCCCCGAGACCCCCCACCCCGUGAGGGUCUUUGAGCGCUCUGUGUUCAGUGACAGGUACGUUUUUGCCAAGAACCUUUUUGAGGCCGGGCACCUGCAGCCCCUGGAAUGGGCCAUUUACCAGGACUGGCACGAUUUUCUGCUGCGGCACCUGGGGCCCCGCUCCGCCCUCCACGGCUUCCUCUACCUGCACGCCAGCCCCCAGAGGUGCCUGGAGCGGCUGCGGCGCAGGGCGAGGAGCGAGGAAGGAUUCACUUUGAGGGUGCGAGGAGAGCGCCCGUCCUGGUGCUGGACGUGGACGAGGACUUCGAGCAGGACGUGGCGGUGCAGGGCGGGCUCAUGGCACAGGUGGAGGCCUUUGUCACCUCCCUUCGUGCCGAGGCUUUCCCGUCACAUCCCGACCCUCUGGGAGCCGGGGAAGGGGCAGCGUCCGCCUGAGGACCCCGAGCCGAGGACAGGGGACACGUCCAGGUCCCCUCAGCCCGGCUGUCCCGGGCCAGCGCUGGAUUUGAGGCAGAUCCUGAGCCCUGGGAGGAAUUUUGGGGGGCUCCCCGUGCUCAGGGGACCAGGUCCUUGCCGUGACCCCCUCCCCAUCUUCCGGGACCCCCAGCUGGGGACGCUCCCUGGGCUGGAUUUCCCGCUCUGGUUGAAUUCCGAUGGAAAAUCCCCGUUUUUAGGUGACGCCCCAACCCCCGUGUUUUGUUAUUUUGUAUUUAAUUUUUUUUUCCCCUUUAAAUUAAGAUCAAAUCACUGCGGAGCUGUGUCUGGAGGGGCUCUCGGGGGGCGGCUGCGGGCGCUGUGCCGGAGCCCCCCGGCCGCCCGGCGGGUCCCCCCGAGCGGGCGCUGCAGAACAAAGGAAGCAGCAGAGCAGCAGCAGCGGCAGCGAACGCGAGGCAGCUCCGCGGGUCCCCUCGGGGGUACCGGCGACAUCCCGAGCCUCCCACCGGGGUCCCCCCGCCGCCGGGAGAGCGCUCAGCCCCGCGCCGAGCCCCCCGCAGCCCCCCGGCGGGGCGGCGGUGAGGGAGCGCGGAGGAGAGGGAGACAAGAUGGCUUCCUCCUGAGGGCCGGCGCCGUGCGGGGCCGGCGGGGGCUGCGGGGGCAGCGCGGGGGCAGCGGCCAGGUUUACAAACACGACGGCCCCGUGCACGCGCCGCUUCCCCCGCUCCUUCCCCGGGCGGCUCCCAGAGUUUUCCCACUCAUCUCCCGGCUCCUGCCCGCCGGCCGUGGCGCCGCCGACUUGCCCGUGCUUGUGGGAGGGCGGCGGCACACACGGUUCCUCUCCUCCUCCUCUUCCUCCUCCUCCUCUGCAGAAUUUCGGGUUCUGCAGCAGCAGCUCGGCUCCCUCGCUGUCCGCCCGGAGCCGGGAGCCUGA